CCUCGACAGGCCGCAAACUUGCAUCCCUGAGAGACGAGGAAAAUGGCUGCCACUCAGGAGGUGCCUCCGCCAGCACUGGGCCUCCAUUUUUUGUACCCUUUAGAAGAAACGAUGCCACCGAGGGUAAAGAUGGAGGAGCCUGGACCACCGUGUCCGGAGGCAGGGUGGGAAUGGGACGCUGCAGGCAAAGCCCCCCUCGUCGUCCAGGCAGGCACCAUUAGCGAUCUGCUGAGGUGGGCUACUCCUCCACAGGUGAGGAGUGACCCGAUGCCACAGCUGUGGGAAGUUCAGUGCCAGGAGAUGGUACAAAGCCUUCGGACCCCCGCUGAAGUGGUGCCUGCACCUGUUCCUGUCCCACCCCCAGCCCCUGCCUGGGGGAACCUUCAGCUGCCUGAGCUGGCUCCCGUGGAUGACAUAGAGGCCUAUUUGUCCUCCUUUGAAAGAGCAGCAGAAACCUGCCAGUGGCCAAGAGGGGAGUGGGUAACCCGGCUCAUGCCAGCCCUCAGUGGAAAAGCUCAGCAGCCCCAUAAUGGCCUGGAUGCCAGGAGUGGCCGAAGCGAGCACAGAAAGUCCAAAUCUUCCAGCCUGCGAGGAGAAGGCGGUGCCAGUGCUGAGAUGCAGCGCCAGCGUUUCCGGCAGUUCCGUUACCAAGAUGCUGAAGGCCCGCGGGAAGCUUGCCGGAGACUUCGGGAGCUUUGCCGUCGGUGGCUGAAGCCAGAGAGUCGCACCAAGGAGCAGAUCUUGGAGCUGUUGAUUCUGGAGCAGUUCUUGACCGUCUUGCCCCAGGAUAUCCAGAGCUGGGUGUGGGAACGAGGGCCUGAGACAUGUGCCCAGGCAGUGGCCCUGGUGGAGGGUUACCAGAUGGGAAGGCGAGAUGCUGGCAUGUGGGAACAACAGGUUACAGUGCGGGUGAAAGUUGAACAGGUGAGCCCUCAAGAGAUGAUUCUGCCUGGAGCCCCAUGGGAGCCAUCUGCCCCACUGCUGCCCCAUCCUGAGUGCUUACCCUCAGCGGAUGUCACCCUAAAUCAGCCUCCUCUAGUCCCUGCUCUUAAGAUGCCCUGCGUCCCCAAACAAGAGCCCCGAGGCCUUCAGGAAACAGGUGCCCUGCCAGCAAGUGGAGGCCGAGAAGCGAAUGUUCUGCAUGGGGGCCCUCUGCAAAUGGAACCCCAUGGGACCUUUGCAGCUGGGAACCCCCCGGAGAACAUGUCCUCUGAGAAUCACAGUGAGCGAGCGAGUCAGCAACAUGAGGAGAGGCGUAAUGAGACAGGAGAAAAUCUGGCUGCACAACCGAACCCCAUUGGAGUUCCCCAGGCACCAGGAAAGCCCCUCCACCGGUGUUCGGAGUGUGGGAAAACAUUCAGCCGCAAUUCGCACCUGCUCACCCACCAGAGAAUCCAUACCGGAGAGAAACCCCAUCAGUGCCCACAGUGUGGCAAGCGGUUUGGUCAUACCUCCCAGUUGACUCGGCACCAGAGAACCCACGCCUCAGAGAGACCCUUCCGGUGUGCGCAGUGCAGCCGGAGUUUUUACCAGAGCUCAGAGCUGACCAGGCAUCGGGCGUCCCAUGCUCGAGAUCGUCCGUACGGAUGCAGCCAGUGCGGCAAGAAAUUCCGGUGGAGUUCUGAUCUAAUCCGGCACCAGAUCACCCACACAGGGGAGAGACCAUAUAAAUGCCCUGAGUGUGGGAAGAAGUUUGGGCAGAACUCACACCUUGUUCGACAUCGGAGGACCCAUACGACUUAACCAAGCCCUUCCCUGAUGGAGGUAAAUCUGCAUUUCCCACCGCUGAGAGUUAACUGAGAGCCAAAGCGUGGAACAUACUUGUCACCAAGGUUGGUUCUGUGAUGGGCCAGAUGACUUUUGUCUGAUGACCUUUGAGCCCAGCAUCUUCUCUGUCAGAGGAUGGCUUAGUUAGAAUGAAUUCUGUUGACGUGCAAAGCCAAAUGGGCAUUGUGACCAGGCCCAGGUCCCAUUUUGUGUUCCACCAGGAGUCAGUAGAGAUUCUAACUGAAGAAAGGUGCCAAGGCCUGCUUGGGAUGGCUUCUUGAACAACACUGAACCCACAGCAUUGUAGUGGCACCAUAUGGGUGUCAUUUUUGUUCUUUCUUUUCUUUCUUUUUAUUUUUUAGAAAAGGAGAUAGAUCUUCUAGUCAUCUAGACAGGUUUAUUGUUACAUAACACAGUCUCUAUUCCCUGACCAGAGACCAUAUCUUUGUAGUGAAACAGAAACGAUGUAUCUUUUAGCAAAAUGCCCCAUUUGUAACCUUUCAGAACGAUGGAGAUCCCUCUUGGGGAAGUUUCUUUAAUGCUUCCCUUAGAAAUUACAAGGUCGAUAAACAAAAGAGCUGUUGACAUAGGGUUGCCCUGAUGUAGCCCUAAGUAGGGUGGAACGAGAGCAGUACUAGGAGCCACUUGUGCAGGCAAAAAUGCGACGUCAUUCAUGUUACUAGUCCAUGGGGGUCCAUCUGAUGUCUAGUAGACAGCUGUCCAGAGCUAGCUGUGUAGCAUCUGUGAUGCCGGACUCAGGAAAAGAGGAUACUUGAGAGGGUCUGGUUGAUUGACAUCUGGUAACGAGAGACAUACUUCAUAUCAGUGGUAUACAUAGGCAACUGACAUUUGGGGAGUGGGGUUGCUCCAAUCCUAUAGGCUUUUCAUCUGCCCCCAGCUUCAUCACUGCUCUACUUUUUCCUAUGCUCCUCAGCUUCUUUUUCCCUCCAGAGCCAAAAUUCAAAGGCCUCUUUCAUACAUAUGGAGAGAUCUGUGACACAAGAAUUCCUCUGAGUUCGUUCGUUACACACUUGAGCUGUUAGUUCUCCUGCGGGCUUGAAGGCACAGGCAUUAAGCAGCUGAUGCUGCCCUCUCUGGGAAGACUCUGCCGAAACCACUGUGAAUGUUCAGACAGGGAAAGAAGGGGUUAAAGAGGCCUUUCCUAGGUCUUGGCCUAUGUGGGAAGGAGCCCUUUGGCCCUUGUUUAGUUGAAAACAUGGCUCCGUUAAAAAUGAAUUUUUGACCAGAGAUCUGGACCCACAAAGGGUCACACUAUGUGGGUUUGGGGGGGGGGGGUCGGGGGGCGAGGAAUAAACUCCCAAACAUUCUUGCCUAUUAAAUAAAUUAUUUCUGUCUUCAGAGACUGCCUGAAAAGUCAGGGCUGCUCCCAUGAACAAAAAUACCAUGACAUUCAUAGUUUCAGGUGGGUAGCCACAUUGGUCUGCAGUCGAAGGCAUUCAUGUUACCGGUCCAUUAGGGUGGCUCUUAGUGCCAGUCAGAGAUGGUAGAUGAGUGCUAGCUUUGGAGACCACCGUUUCAGGCUCAAGCCAAGAUGAUCAUUUUAAUUACCAAUCCUUUCUUUCCAGUUGUUUGUUGAAUAUUGUUUGCUGUGCUUCUUGCCUUGUACUUUAUGGCUACAAGCUUUUAUUAGUUUUACCAUAGAGUGGCAGCCUCAUCCAACGACAGACUGGCUAGUUUCUCAGUACUCUAAGGCUACAUUCUGUAGAGCAUACUUGAAGGGUUUUUUUAAUCCUAGACGAGACUGUGUGUACUUUUGAUUCUGAGCAAAUGAGAAAUUUGGUUUAGGAUGCAGAUCUAAACAUCUUAAGAAACUCAGCUGAUUUGAAAGUUUUGGUGAGGAGGGAGCAUUUUUAUAGCUAACCCAUAAGGCAUUGAAGGUCAGCUCCAAGCAUAUGGGCAAAUGGUGGGGAGCGGCGGGGAGAGAACUAGGCAAUGGUUUGGAUUGAGACUAAAUUGACAAUUUCAGAUGACUCUUCCUGCUGCAGACCCUCUCAUGUCAUUCUUCAAGGCCCCAAUCCACCAGGAGCAGCACUUUAUCGAGAUUAGUGAGCUGCUGUGGGAGGGGUAGGGCAGGAACCUGCCACUGAAAAAUUCAGUCCAAUUCCAGUCCAAAGUUUCUGUCAAUUAGGGUGGAACUUCAGUUACCCUUAGAAUUAUUGUCCCGUCCCAUGCCAAAUUCUGAUUUUUUAAAUAUAAGAGUGUACACAGCCCUGCCCAUAAGCCUGGUGGCACAAAGAGUGGAACUACAAGUGACAAAAGGCACAGGUUGGACACUUGUCAGCUUCCCUCAAGUUUUGAUGGGAAAUGUAGGCAGCUUGGCGAAAUGUUGGACAAGUGACAGUUGAAAAGUCCAUUGGACAGCAGU